AUGAGCAUUUGUCAAUUUCCUAUAAGCAAUUCAAAGGGAAUAUGCUAUAGGCAAAGAACUACAGAAUGUGUCAAAGAAAAUAAUGGAAUAACUAAAUUUUUUUUAAAAGAUUUAAUAAAAGAAUCAUCUUUAAAAAAUGAGGAUGUAACAAAAAAGGAUAUAGAAGAUAAAGAAAAAAAAAAUGUCCAGCAAAAUGAAAAAAAUCAAUCAUUUAAUGUGUCCUAUACUUGGGAAACUGAUGCAAUAAGCGGGUUGAGGUUUAUAAAUGUUUUGAACAAAAAGGACAAAAAAAAAUUAGGCUUUCAAUGCAUAUAUUGUAGAGAUAGACAACUUUUUAAAAAAAAAAGUAGUGUAUUAUAUCACAUGGUUACCUUUAAUCAUGGUUUAAAAAAUAGUGUCAUAGAUGAAUUAAAGAUUAACGAAAGAACUUCAGAUGAUCGAUUAAAAUUUAUAAACAAUUUUAACACGGAAAAACAAAUAACAAUAGAAAAAGAAAAUAUCGUUGAAAAAAAUGUUACAAAAGAUUAUAAUUUAAUUAAACUUGAAAUAGAAUUUGUGUCAACGAUGAAUUUAUUAACAUUUGAAGAAUUAAAAGAACUGUUUUUAUUUUUUUUUCCUGAACAAGUAAUGUCAAUUGAUGAAAAUAUAAUUAAAGAAAAUAUUAUUGAAAAAUUUUUACUAAACAUAAAUUCCUUAUCAGAAAAUUAUUCUAGAAUAAUCGAAAAGGAGUAUCAUGUGCCUGAUUAUAGUAAAGAUUUAAAUCUUAUCACAUUAAGUGAAUAUUUAAACGAUUUAAGAAAUGUAAAAUUAGAAAAAAAAACUAAUUUUUAUUGUGAAGAAAGUGUGGAUAGUGAGCUAGCCAUUAAUGAAACGAUGACUAGCCAAAAUAAAGAACGUGAAGAAAAAAAAAUGUGUGCAAAUCAGGAAAAAGAUAUAGUAGAAACAAGCAGUGAAAAUAUUUUGUCUAAGGAUAUUACAGAAGAACAGAAGGUAUAUAUAAGUGAAGAAAAUAGGAAUGAUAAAAUAAAUGAAGAAGAUCAAGUACAAAUAAAAAGUGUAGAAAAAAAAGAUAAUGCUCCUAUUGUUGAUGCAAAAAAUAUGAACAAUCUUGUAAUUGAACAAAAUAUUGAGAACGUCAUUGGGGAAGAGAAAAAAAAACGAAAAAGAAAAGAAAAAAUAAACAUCGAUGAAAAUAAGCAUAUAUUGAUAAAUAUAAAUGAUUAUAACAUUCUUAGGCAUGAUGAUCAAUUAUUUAUUAGUUUAACAGCAAAUAAGAACAAGCCUCAAAAAGAAAAAACAAUUAUAGGCAAGGAAAAUUUUUUCAUAAUAAAUAAUAAUAUUAGUAAUGAUGAAAUGAAUAAACAGGAUAACAAUAAUGAGAACAUACAUACUACAACUACUAGUAAUAUUAAUGAUAAUAAUAGUACUAAAAGUAACAAUAAUAAAAAUAAUUUUCAUAAUAUUUAUAAUUCUGCAAGUAGUAAUAAUUAUUAUGAACAUGUUAAAAAUGGGAACGGCUCUUAUAAUAGUAAUAUUCAUACAAACUCAAAUAAUAAUAACCUUUUACAAAAAAUAAACGCUGAACAAUAUAUGAUAAUUGAUCAUAAUAAUAAUAAUAAUAAUUAUUAUAAUGAAAAUAAAAAGAAACAUACUAUGAAUAUUUUAUUAAACUUGAACAAUAAGGAGAAAAAAAAACGAUCACGAAACGAAGGAAGUAAAGAGACAAAAAUGAAUGUAUGUAAAAAAGUAAGAAAUAUGAAAAACAAAAAUAAUUUGGAUAUACAUUUUUUAUAUGAAAAAACGAAUGAAAAUAAUGUGGACAAUCAAAAUAAAAAUGAACAUUUGUAUGAACAAAAAUUAAUUAAUUAUGAAUCCAUAAUAGGGAUAGAUGAUAUCACAGAAAAUAAUGGUUUAAAAGAUGAGCAUAACUCAAUAUCUUCAAUUCCAAAUUAUAACAUUAUUAGUACAACCUCCAAUACAUGUGAUAUGAAUGAAGAGUUUUAUAACAAUAUGAAUAUAAAUAUAAAUAGGUGUUUAUAUAAACAAACUAUCACCAACAAGAACAACAAGGACGACAAUAAUAAUAAUGAUAAUAAUAUUAUAAAUGUAGAUGAAACUAAAGAACAAGGUAAUAUUAAAGAUUCAUAUAAUACAAAAAAUAAUGAAGAAGACACAAAUAUUCUUAAUAAUAUACAUAAUGAUAAUAAAAUACAAAGAAUACAGAUACAGGUAGAUGAUGACCUAAAAGAUAAUAAAAAGAACAUUUCUGAAAAAAAUGUGGAAGAAUCCGUUUUGACUUGUUCACAAAAUAAAACUGUUAAAAUGGUUAAUUAUAAAGAUAUAAAUAUGAUCGAUAAAAGCAGAAACAAAAGCGUUAUUAAAAAAAAAGAAAUUAACAAUAAAAAUAUUCUAAAAAAUAUAACAAAGAUAAAUACAUUAAAUAGUAACACAAAAGGGAAAAAAAAAAAAAAAGCAAAUAUAAUUGAGACACAAAAAGAUAAUAUUUUAAAAAAAAAAUUUUCUUAUAAAAUUACUACUGAUAAAGAAAAGAAAAGAAUUAUUAAUUAUAAUAAAAGAAAUAAUAGAAGAAAGAAUAUUAUAAAAACAACAGGUUCGAUCAAUAAUUAUUAUAAAAAUCAACAUAUAGAUAAUAUUAUUAAUAAAAAAAAAAAUAUAACGCUAUACAAUAAGAAAAACAAACAAACUAAUAUUAUCCACAAAAAAUGUUAUAAAAAGGUAAAUAAACAUAUAUGCACUUCUUCAAUUAAAGAAAUUAAACAAUUAUGUAAUUUAUCUAAUGAAAAUAUAAUUCCACAUAAUGAAAAUUUGUCAUGCACACGUUCAUAUAGAUUAUCAAGAUAUAUAAAAACAUAA